AUGCGUUACUCGUCACUCCUCGGCCUGGCGGCCGGCCUCACCACAGCCGCCGCCCAAAUCAAGGGCUUCAACUAUGGCAACACCCUCACAACCGGCGCGCCCAAGUCGCUCGCCGACUUCACCAAUGAGUUCAACCUGGCCAAGAACCUCGUGGGCGCAUCGGGCUUCACCUCCGCACGCCUCUACACCAUGAUCCAAGGCGGCACCACCAACACCCCCAUCUCCGCCAUCCAAGCCGCCAUCGACACCAAAACCACCUUACUCCUCGGCCUGUGGGCCUCCGCGGGUCAAGCCAGCUUCGACAACGAGGUCGCGGCGCUGAAGGCCGCCAUCGCGCAGUACGGCUCCGCCUUCACGGACUUGAUUGUCGGCAUCUCGGUCGGCAGCGAGGACCUGUACCGCAACUCGCCGACGGGCAUCAUCAACAAGAGCGGCUACGGCGCCGACCCGGCCGUCUUGGUGUCGUACAUCGAGCAAGUCCGCGCUGCCAUCGCUGGCACGCCGGCAUCGGGCGCGUCGAUCGGGCACGUCGAUACGUGGACGGCCUUCGUCAACGGCAGCAACAGCGCCGUCGUGGACGCCGUCGACUGGCUCGGCUUCGACGGCUACCCGUACUUCCAGAACACGCAGGCCAACGGCAUCGGCAACGCGAAGGCGCUGUUCGACGAGUCUGUUGCUGCGACGAAGGGCGCCGCGAAGGGGAAGCCCGUGUGGAUCACUGAGACCGGCUGGCCCGUCAGCGGGCCGACGGAGAACGAGGCCGUUGCGAGCGUUGAGAAUGCGAAGACGUACUGGGAUGAGGUUGGUUGCCCGCUGUUCGGCAACACCAAUACUUGGUGGUACACGCUGCAGGAUGCGGUGCCGGAUACGCCGUCGCCGAGCUUUGGUCUUGUGGCGGGAGGCAGCUCGACGCCGCUGUUUGACUUGACUUGCGGUGCGGCCGGCAACGACGGUGACUCUGCUUCGUCUUCGGCGGUGUCGUCGGCUGCGUCCUCCGCCGCCGCUUCGUCCGCUCAUGCUUCCACUGCCGCCUCCGCCAGCACCGCUCCCUCACAGCCCGCUGGCGGCGCCUCUUCCGCCGCUUCUUCAGCCGCCUCCGCCCCAGCCGGAACCACCGCGGCCCCCGCUCCCAGCGGCACCGCAACCUCCCCAGGCGGCGACGACGCCGAGACCACCGUCAUCAUCACCAUCACAACAACCUACUGCCCGACCCCCGGCGUGACUUCGACCGCGACCACCACCACCGCCCUGACGCACCCUUCCAGCAGCGGCUUCCAGACAACCACUACUGCCCCCUCCACCCCUUCUUCCACAUCUAAAUCCUGCCCCGCCAACCUCUCCGGCACCUACGAAUACCCGCACCUCAUCGUCCCCGUCGACAGCGCCGCACCAACCAAGGCCCACGGCACGUCUUACAACGGCCAGCUCUCCGCCACGCUCUCCACCCUCUUCAACUUCGACAUCCCCGCCUCCUACGCCGGCAAGACGUGUUCGCUCGUCUUCCUGCUGCCGGAGAAGAAGGACCUGGAGACGAGCGACUUCACCUUGUCCGGCGCCGGCGGUAUCGCGGUGAGUAAGUUGGCUGCGCCGGCGACGGAAGCGACGACGUACGAGAGCGUUCCGGCGAGCGCGGGCGAGGUGGGGGGCGUGGAGAAAGUCACGCCGGGCAAUGCGUGGGUGGUGGCGAGUGCGAAGUGCGAGGCGGGGAGUAGGAUCGGGUAUGAGGUUAAGGCGACGGGUGGCUUGGAGCUGGAGUGGUUUGAGGAUUGGAAUCCGAGUCCGAUUGGGUUGUUUGUUAGGGUUUGUUAG